GGAUUUUUUGGAGCGUCCAACGCUUCUUGCGGGGAGAGUGACCUUUGACCCGGAAAAGGAUGUUCUAUAUACAUCCGGGUCACUUGAGAACCAGGUCGCCUGCCACACGAUCGGCGCGAAUUGCUUUUCUUCAAUCUUUUAGGCUUUUUCAAGACUCACCAUGUCAGACGAUGAGGAUUUGGUUCCGGCCCCAAAGAAAAGUCGCGUUUUCUAUGGAAGCCUGGAGGAAAAAGAGCGCGAACGCCUGAAGGCUGAGACAUUGAGCGGAUUUGCGACGGGAAAUGAUGCCGUGAAGGCGGGAAUCGAGGCGGGAAACAUAAACAUCUCGUCUUGUGAAACUCUGGACCUGGAGGAGCAUGUCAAUGAGCGACAGCAAGAAGCGCUCGCAGAAUUUGAGCGGCGGCGGCGAGCGCGACAGAUCACAGUUUCCACAGACGACACAGAGGUCAAGGCAGGACUCAGGAUGCUCUCAGAGCCCAUCACUUUGUUUGGGGAGGGGCCAGCUGACCGACGGGAGAGGCUACGUGGUAUUUUGUCUGUGAUCGGUCCAGACGCUCUAAAGAAGUCCAGGAGAGAUGACGACCGAUCCAAGCGAUCGCAGGACGAGUGUCACCAGACAUGGUACCACGAAGGGCCCGCCCCCCUCAAGGAUGCUCGUCUUUGGUUGGCCCGCUACUCUCUGCCCAGGGCUAUUAAGCGUCUGGAUGCGGCCAGGGCCCAGAAGGAUAUGUGUGAGGCAGCCAGAACCGUCCGACAACAAGAGCUCCACAAGACCCUGAGAUACUUGAACAACUUCUGCAGUCAAAUCGGCGACGAUCGACCGAUCAGCUUCUGCCACUUUAGUCCCGACUCCAAAAUGCUGGCUACGGCCUCUUGGAGCGGUUUGUGUAAGCUGUGGUCCGUCCCUGACUGCACCCCGAUUCGCACACUAAGAGGUCACAACACCAACGUGGGAGCAGUGGUUUUCCGUCCGCAGGCCGGAGUGUCUCUCGACCAAUCAGAUGUCAGUUUGGCCUCUUGUGCUGCAGAUGGAUCAGUGAAGCUUUGGAACCUGGAAAGUGACGAGCCAGUGGCGGACAUCGAGGGUCACAGUGAGCGAGUGUCCCGCGUUUGUUGGCAUCCGUCCGGAAGGUUCCUGGGAACUACAUGCUACGACCAUUCAUGGCGUCUUUGGGAUCUGGAAGUUCAGGAGGAGAUUCUUCAUCAAGAAGGACACAGUAAAGGAGUUCAUGACAUCCAUUUUCAUCCUGAUGGAUCACUGGCUGCUACUGGUGGACUGGAUUCCUUUGGGAGAGUUUGGGAUCUUCGCACAGGACGCUGUGUUGUCUUCCUUGAAGGACACCUAAAAGAGAUCUACAGCGUGCACUUCUCACCUAACGGCUACCACCUAGCAACAGGAAGUGGAGACAACACCUGUAAGGUUUGGGAUCUGAGGAACAGGAAGUGUCUGUACACAGUCCCCGCCCACCAGAACCUGUUGUCAGGUGUCCGAUUCCAGCCAACAGACGGCCACUUCCUGUUGACGUGCGCAUAUGACAACAUGGCAAAGGUUUGGAGUCAUCCUGGUUGGAUGCCGCUGAAGACCCUGGCAGGACACGAGGGAAAGGUGAUGGGCGUGGACGUGUCACCCGAUGGCAAACUGAUCGCCACGUGCUCCUACGACAGAACUUUUAAACUUUGGGUGUCUGAGUGAUUUAAUCUCAUUGUUUUUUUUUUUAUAAUAAAAUGUGGCUUUUGUCCAUGUGUUCUCGAGCAA